GGCCCUUUCUACACUGCCAUAUUAGAUCCAGAUUAUAUCCUCUUUGAAUUGGUAGAAGGGGCCUAAAUCCCUCAUUUAACAAAAUGGCUCCUUUUGUUUUCCUCAAAUCCCACCCCAGAUUCCCUAUAAGGAGUGAGGACUAGGAGGCGGCUUCAAAAGGACCACCCCCUUCUGCUCUUUCACUCUAUUAACAUAAAAGAGAGUUGAGAUAUAUAUAUUCCUUCAUGGCCUGUCCAGCUUGGUGUAUUAUCUAUCUAUACAUCUGUCAAGGAAAGGCGAAUAAUUCAUGCUACAGAGAGGCAGACAACUACACUUUUGAAUACAUCACAAAAUAGGAAAUAUUAUGUUUGCAGCUUUAAAGUAUAUUGGAGUAGACUAUUUUUAUGAGAAAGUGACUAGAGAGAGACUUUCCUUUCAGUGCUUGGCUAUUCACCUCCCUUCCUGUUUAUACCAGGAUAAAAAUUAUUAUCAUGAUGGAGAUUUUGCUGAUGAUAAAUAUAGGAGACCCUGGACAAGAGUUUCUAUUGAUUCCACUCAGAUGACAUUUACUGUGCUUGAUCUUUGGAAGAAAUGUCUCUACAUAGAAGAUUUCUUAGAGAAAAAACCCAUUUCAAGCACUUGCUUCCAUAUCCAUAAUGAAGAUGUUGAAAUUGUCCCAAGUUCAAAUCCGUGUUCACAGUGUGAUAUAGAAGAGGCAUAUGUGCUUACAAAGGAUGGUGAGAAGCAAGAAUUUACUUCUGCAAGUGAUUUGCAGUCUAGUUCUUCUCCAGUAUUAGUUAAAGAGCAAGGAAAAGGUUUAUAUAUUGAAGAUGAACUUGUUUUUACUGAUUGUUUGAGGCAAUAUAGUAAGUGGUUACCAACUCUUCAGACACUUUUGAGCCGCCUGAACGUUUUGUUUGUGGAGGACCCCCUUUUAAAUCCGAAAGGUGACCCUAUCACAGAAGAAGACAUAUUCAGGGAGUGUUUUACUUUCAAAAGGAGUGUGACACUCCUUGUCAGGGAAGAACCACGUGAGAAUUUUUGCAAAGUGUCUAUAAAGGAUGAAGAGACCCUUGUACUUCCCAUUCGGUUACCAUUUUACAAAGUAGCAGACUUCAGGCUGCAGAAUGAGAUUCCUACAUAUUUGAUGCUGAAAUCUUUAUUCCAAGUAACCCCAGAAGUUACACGAGAUGAAAAUGAAGGUUUCAAAAUAGCCACUGAUGACUUCAGAACAAAAAUUACACCAGAGAAAAUGGGGAUGUCCGACUGUUGCUCCACACAGGACAUUUCUGCCAAUAAGAAUAACAGUAUGUUACAGUUCAGUGAGCCAGCAAGUUAUUGUUCAUUCCAUCCUACAGAGCUGGAGGUACCUCUGACUCCUCCAAAGAGAACCAAGAAGUUGCAUGUUAGUUUAUUAUGCACACAGCUACAAACAGAGCCAGUUUCUCCCUUUGGUAAAAGUGAUUUGAUUUCAAAGUCCACUGUAGAAAACGUAGAAAACCUUAUGUGGCAGUCAGAGAGAUACCAACAUCCUAUGAAUUCCCUUUUACUUGCAGACCAUCAGAAUGUUGUACCUCUGUGUGAACAUCUUCCAGUUAAUGAACUGAAAACACUGUUGUUUGUGCACAAAGACAUCUCAAUAUUUAGCUCCUUGGAAGAAGAUGGAUGGAUUAAUUUAUGGGAGAAAAUGGCUUUACCAAGUAUUUUGGAAGCUUUUAGCACAGAUUUAAGUGAUGGAAAAGAACUAGUUUGUACUCAUGGAGAUGCAUUCACAAAAAUUACUCGCUCUCAGUUAGACAAAUGUCUUGAAGAGAACAUUUCCUUUUCUAAAACCACAGUGGAGUCUUUUGGUGUUCAGGAGUCUAGUGGAAAAAAGGAUUCUUAUUGGUUUCCUCCAAAGAAAGAAAUGUUUUCUCGAUUUCACUUGGAACCAGCAUCAGCACAGUGCAGUACAGCUUUAGCAGAUGACAGGAGCCCUACUGAAAAUCAUAUCAGGGAAACCAAAUUAGAGAGAGAAAUAGGAAAACAUUUAUCAUUUGGGAUUCAAGAAGAAAGAAAAAAUGAGGAGUACCAAGACACCACCCCACAAAAGAAAAGUCAUAUUCCUCUUGAGCUGCCUAGAAAGAGUCAAGAGGAUUUUGAUUUUUUAAGCAACUUCAUCAUGCUGAGAUCAAAACAUGUGAUUACCCAGAGUGAGAAAACAAAUGAUAUGGAUAUCCAAGAAGAAGGUCCACAUGCUGAGGAGAGCUCAGCAUCUGGAGCUCAUGACAGUCCUAUAGCCUCGAAAACUAUGAACCUUACAGAAAAACAAACCAAAGAAAAUGAAGCAAUAGCCUCCAUUGAAAUAAAGCCAUCAGAGAGCCAACUGCAGUCGUAUCUUGUCCUUGAAGCAGCUGUGGCUCCCGUUUUGCAAGACCUCGUAACUCUUGGCAGACAUAAUUGGAAGUUUGCCACCCUUAAUUUUGAUGACUCCAGAUUUUUUUUAAAACAACAAGAGAAAGUGAUGAGUGAUACUUUUAAAGAGGGUAUGACUGGUACCCAGGAUGGGAAAGAUAUUACAUUGUUCAAACAUGCUGCUGUUCUUCACUUGCUGGUAACAGUUCGAGACCUCUUACUAACAUGUAACUUGAGCACAGCAUUGGGAUAUUUGUCCAAGGCAAAGGAUAACUAUAAGGACUUCCUAGGCUCUAGCCUGGAUAAUAUUUGGAGACAGUUGAAGAUUGUGCAGUUUGCUCUACAGAAACAUGAAACCAAUCCCAAGAUAACAGAACUGCAGCAUCAAAUCUCUAAAUCUGUACACGGUAAUACAGAUGAUCAGAAUAAGGUGGUAAUUGUAACUAGAAUGGAUUUUGAUGAAGAAAUAGCUGACCUUAUCAACAUCAUUAGUACAGUGCAAGGGUUGAAAAUUGGGUGUUUGCAUGCAGAGAAAAGAGGAACUUUGUUAGAGAGCAAAAAUGUCAUAAGUAGUUUACAAAGAUACUCUUGUGUUGUUGUACGUAAUCAGCAUAUUGGACCUGAUUUCCCCUGGACUCAUUUUUCACUUGUGGUGGAGUAUAACUAUUCAAAAAAUUCCUGCUGGAUUGAUCUCUGCAAAAAUCUGGAUCUUUCUUAUAUAACUUUCAAAAUAGCUCUCCCAGAAGCAGCUGGAAUUGACAAGGCUUUUCCAGAUCAUUCUUGGCAUAUCCUUUUGAAUGUACCAAUUCCCUAUGUUUUUCUGACAUCUGAGGGACUUCUCAAUACUCCAGAAAUCCUGCAGUUACUGGAAUCCCAGUACAAUAUUACAUUUAUUGAGCGAAGCUGCUGCGAGGCAUUACAGUUCUUUGGAAGCACAGAGCGCUAUGUUGUGAUGACUAUAGAUGAAUGUACUGCCCUUGUUAUGCAGAAUGUCGAAGAACUCAAUUACGAAAAGUCUUCUGAUAAUAUUGUGUUAAGACUGAUGGUACUGUCCCUUCAGUAUAACUCCUGUUGGAUUAUUUUAUACUCCAGAGAAAGACUAAGUUCUCAUUAUAGUCUAGGUGGCAAGACCCUUCAUCACCUAGCCUUAAUUUAUGCCGCCUUGGUUCCAUUUGCCCAGAAGUCAGAGGACUUCGAUGUGAAGGUCGCUCUUACACCAGGAAUUGAAGAAACAGCAUUUUUGGUUCGUCAGAUUGCUGACCACACGCUGUUGACUUCCAAAAGACAUCCUCAGGAGUGGCUGGACAAAGCCUGGCUUUCUGUCUUGCCAUCAGAGGCAGAGAAAUGCUUGCUUACCUUUCCAUGCAUCAACCCUCUGGUGGCUCAAGUUAUGUUAAAGAAAAGUUCUUCACUGGAGUGGCUUCUGUCGGCAUCUUUUGCCCAACUUCAGCAACUUUUGCCAGAAGUGCCAGAAAAAACCUUGAAGCAUUUUAGUGACAUCACAUCACUGUACACCAUGAAAUCACUGCCCAAGUCAAAACCUGUAAAAGAACCUAUGCCACAUGAAGGAGAAACAGACUAUGCCAUCAGCUCCUAUUAUCAGCUUCUUAAUUCUGAGGCCUUGUUGUCCAACUUUCAAGAAUCUAACCCCUUUAAUGAAUAUUCAGAUUGCUCUCCUGUACAGAAAAGCGGAAGCACUUAUCCUGGUUACCACCAGAAUGAGUUGUGUAAAUCACCAAAAUCAACCAGGAAGCAAAAUGUAAUGGCCCCUUCCAUCUCAUACAAAAAAGACAUGGGUCCCUUUCAGAAUACUGUGGAGAAGCAACAAUAUCUCCUAUUCCUGAAACGAAUGGAAGCAGAAAGAAGAAUACUGAACAAUCCUGGGGAGCCUAACCACAUCAGCUUUGAAGCCUCCAUGCCAUAUUUAGACUACAGUCAAAAUGGCCCUAAGGUGUACCUUGAAAAUGUCUCACAAAAGAUAAUGUUUCCUUCAAAAGGGACAGGAGGCCAAAAGCCGGAGAUGCCAGUCUUGUUAAAGAAUCCUGUCCAUCAAGAUGUUAAAAAAAUAUGUGAAAUCCAGAGGCAGCCUCUUGUGAAGCAAUGCCAUUCUGCCCAGGAUUUCAGAGAUUUGUGGUACGUUGACUGUAAUAAAGAUUCUCAGUUGAAGCACAGCCCUGGCCAUUUUCUAAGAGAAUUUGAAAGAACUGAAUGCUACAAUCAAAAACCUCUGUCUGAGGAGAGGUUUCGCGAUGAACGACCAUUCCUGCAAACAGCGAAGUCAUCUUUCCACAGUGCAGAUUUCUACAAACCCAUAUCAAACCGGGAUGGAUUCUUCGACCUCAACUUUCAAAUGACUGGAAAAUGUGCAGGAAGGAAAGGGCCUAAUUUGUCAUCUAAUCAAAGAGAGCAAGGUUCUUCAGCAGGUUUAGAAUUUGCUCAGUUACCACAGCUUAAGAAACGUCGUCUAACAUUUGAGAAAGACCCCAAGAGAAGUGAUGGUCAAACACGUCUCAAGUUCUUUUAAAGGAAAAUACAAACUGUCAGAUAUUUGUUGAGAU